AUGGACUAUAUUAGUUCCAAUGUUCUGACAAAGAGCGGAAACCGAAUCCCGAACACUACCAAAAGGUUAUUUCUGACGGACGAAGACUGGAGUUCUACCUUGGUAAUUGCCAUAACUUUGGUUUCUAUCAUUAUUGUAUAUUUUCAAUUUUUCAGAUCCAAGUUUUUAGAUGCAAAAAGUUCAAAAAUACCAGUCAAGAGCGUUGCAAAGGACUUUUCCUGGGACCUGGUAACGCCGCUCAAAUCUUACCCGUUCAAAAACAAGGAGUACAAGCUUACUAUGGGGAUCCGCAACGUUGAUCCUCAAGAUUGGCUUUUAGUUGAGCCGUCAUACAAAACUCAAUUGGAAGAAAAACGUAAAAUUUUGACGAAUACUCACCUGCGUUAUCCUCCAGAAAAGGACCUCACGUCGCUGACAUUGUUUGUAACGAAAGAAGCGGUCCCCGCAAUCCACGAAUUCUAUGAUAUAGUGGUGAAUUACAUGUGCACAAAGUACCCGAUGCAUUUCACCAAAAAGGGCUCAUUUCUCCACAACUCAAUUACAAACGAAACCGUCCCCUAUUCGGCUUCGAAGAAUAUCAAUGCUGAGACCCACUUGCUCAACUUGGCCAGAACCAUCCAGGAAGAUUUCAUCAUUUUGCUAAAAGAUCCAAGCCGUGAGGAUGAAAAAGACGGCACCGAGUACUUCUUUAAAGGAGGUGUAUUUGCAUUUGCUGCAGGGUUUGACCCCAAAACUCGCUUCAACACACCUCUCUCAUUCGUGCACCAUCCCAUUCCGGGGUACGAAGAGAAACUUAAGCUCUCUAUGAACCGUUUUUUCACUCGAAUCGAACCUGGUCAGUUCGUCACAAGGAGCAACUUUUCAGUCCAAACUCACGACUUAUACUAUGUUGACGAUGCAAAUAAGGGACACAACUUGCCUGAGGAUUACGACCAGAAACCAAUUCCCUUCAACGAGCUUGAUUUUGAUACUCAGGUUCAUUAUCGAAGUGAACGACAAGUUCUCACCAAACUUCCGAAAUCAAAGGCAGUUGUGUUCACGAUUAGAACUUACCUAGAACCCAUCAGUGCUCUCAAAAAGGAGGGACCGGAAGUUUGUGAUAGACUUAUUGGUGCCAUUAAUGGUUUUCCUCAUGAUAUUGCAACAUAUAAACGGGCCUACGAAUGGGGACCUCCGGUCAAGCAGUAUUUGCUGCAAAACGAUUCAGCUUUAUAA